AUGGUGCUCGUUUCCUCGUCCCCCGACCGCUUUCUCUCUCUCUCGUCCUGGGUUCCUGCCGCCUCUUUUCUGCAAUGGUCUGUUCUCUUGCUCCUUGCCUUCGGUCUUAGCCACGGGUCCGUCGCCGGGGAUCCUUCUUCCGAAUCGCCACUGCAGACACAGCAGUCGCGUGAAGACUCGCCGUGGCAUCCGGGGAGACAAUUCCACGAGUCCGAAGCGACAGAGUCCAUCUUCCUUCACCCCCGGCACAGUAGCACAUCUGAGAGCGCUGACGACGACCCUGACGAAUUCCGCUUCUUCGUCAAGGAAUCGGGGGGAAACCUACAGACAGGCGCGACGUGGAGUCCUCACAGAGCCAUCCACUUCUUUGACUAUUCCUCCGCUUUCCGCUACUCGAGGCUGCGUCUCUCACGCGCUGGCCCCUCUGAAGGAAGAAGGGGGCGACGUGCUCAGCUCGUUUUCCUGUCGGCGGUCGUCGUGGCGGUUCUGGUGCACUACAUGAAGGAGCGCCUGGCCGCUGUGCAAGGGAAACAGCCAUCCGGCAGCGAGAGCACGGUCGUCACAGCGCUGCCGCUGGCGCAUGCGGAGUCGCACCCGACAGAGCCCUUUUCGCUGUCGGCGAGUAUCCGAGAGCUGAUUGUCGAGCGGUCCGCAUCAUUCCUGCGGAAACAAGGCGCCUUCCUCUUCGAACCGCUCGGCAUUUUCCGCGAUGCCGAGGCCCCGCUCCUCUACUUUUUCUUCCCGGCGUCAAAAGGAUCUCUCGACAACGUCGCGAAACACCCCAAGGCUCUCCACGUGUCGAGGGCAGCCCGCGAGAUGGCCCUCGCGGUGCGCGCGCUGCGGGCUGCAGGCGUGAAGUCUCCGCUGUCUCUGGAGCUUUCGCACUUUGAGGUGGACCUCGAGGGACACAUUCGCCUGAACGUUCUCGCGGCGGUCUCCGCAGCCGAGCCAGCGGAGACGGCGAAGCACGGCAUCGGGGCCGCUCUCCUCGCUGCUCUAGCGCGGAUGUGGCAGACGAUCUGGGGCGCAGAACGCAAGGAAGGCGAGCAGAGUGGAGGUGGCGAGGCGCUCGGCCAACAGAGCGCAGAGGGCCUCUCUGGGAGAAGCGAGGCACUGGGUGCGAAAAACUCGGCGCGAGGCGGAAGCGAUGGAGCGGAACGGAAGGAAGCCCAGCCUGCAGCGCCUAGUGGACCUGCGCAGAGGCUGACGCCGAAGGCCGAGGCGCGAGCGGCUCGGACAGAGCAGGCCGACAUUGCCAACCUCGGGAAGGCGUUCGCGGAACUGGCGACGAACGUUCUGGAGCCGAACGUUUUGGCGAAGCAGAGAUGGGCGACGCUGCGGGGGCUGUUCAGUGUCUCUGUGCGUUCGGGGUGGCUGUCCUCUCUGUUUCCAAAGAGAAAAGCUGGCGCCUCGCCCGCGGCGUCUGUACGGUGGCCCAGCCAGGCGCAGCAGAAAGAGGAGGCGCGGCGCCUGGCAGCUCUCGCAGCGAAAAUGGUCCGCGAAGAUGCUUCGGCCCGACUGCGUUUGGAGGACGUCUUUGCAGACGCGCUCUUUGCAGCCGACGCCAAAUCCCCACGCGAAAAAGAGCCCCUCCCGCCUGCUGUACGCGUCGAGCUCGUACCAGGUUUGUGA